CCGCUUACUAUGACGGGUGUUGCUAAAAAUAUAUUAUGCAUUUAUGUUAUGAGGAGGUCAGCAUUUCAUAGAAUCAAACGGCAAAAAGCAGAAAAUUACAGAGAGAACAGGAAGUCACCCUCAGAGUUCACCAUUUCAUAUUGAUACCUCAUACUGAUGCAUUAUUAUGUAUUUUACAUGGCGUAUUUUGUGGAUGACUGUACCAACAGGCGUUUGCUCAAUAUAUUGCAUAGCAAGUUUUAAUAAGAAUAUUAAGCAAGUGUCUGUUUAUACCAUCCUUUUCCCUGGUUUUGUUAUCCCUCCCCCAUAUUAGGACAGUAUGUUGUCUCAUAAAUGAAGAAAAAAUAAGUAAGAUAACAUACUGAAAAAGACUUGAAUUAUAAUUAAACCACUUUCAAAUUUUAUUACUUUAUUCUGGCUGCGACCGCAAGAAAAGAUUUUAUGAACCUAUCCAGUGAAUAAUAGGUACCCCUUCCCCCUCCUGUAAACAACAUUGUAAAAGAUAUUUAGAAUAAUUUCUUGAACAAUUUCCCCCAAACAAAAACUUUUGAAAUCAAACGUGCUUUUAAUCGAACUAGAUAUGCAGAUGACUGAAUUUGACUUGGAAUUUAGUUCUACACCUGGUGCAAAAUGCAUUUUUAUUAUAUAGCUAAUGAAUAGUGUAUUAUAAAAUCUGCGUAAAAUCUAGAGAAUGUGAGCGUUCAAUAUCCUGAGAAUUUAUUGAACGCUAACUUUGCAUUGUUUAAAUUGUGUGCGCCCGGAACAUUCCGAGUAUGAGCUUUCAAUAUUUACCUUACCGUAAGGUGGCAGGGGACAGAUUCUUUGGUUCUGAAACAUGUGGGGUGUACAUCAAAGUCAGAUUAUGACAGAGUGAUAAAAAAUAUUUCCCUUUUAUAUCAAUACUUGUAUUUCAUAUUGGUGUAGUUAAUAAAUUAUGACCCUACAUUACAUGUAAUCUAUAAAUACUGGUGCUGGUGCACAAAACAUGCUCUGAGCAGGUGCCCCUUUUUUGCUUUGAUUUUCUCUCAUUUGGGAUAAUCCGCACCCCCCCCCCCCUCCACACAAAUACCAUCAGAGUACCAAGAAUGGAGAUUUAGACACUGUGCACAAUCAAGAACUGCCCUUCUUAAAAAUCUACAUUUCAUAUGGGGCCAUCCACCUUCCCUCUCAGCUACAGACCUUUUGCUGGACAAUGCAUGUUUUCACCGGAAUUCUUCAGCAUCUGACCACGUGUCUUAGUUUCGUAUUUGCACCCAUCUAUAUGCUAGGAAUCAUGGUGACACCUACAUGUUGUAUAUGGACCUUUUUAUCAAGCACUCAGCUACAUUUAACAUGCAUCCUAAAAUUAUUGUAUACAUUUUUACAUAUGUAAUAUCACUUUAGAUAUGGGGUAUUUUCAUUUUUUUAAGUUGAUAGUGCGAAACUGUCCCCUGCUACCUAACGAUGUAAAGAAGCUAAUGCAUGCAAGCUCGAAAGCUCGUGUAUUUUUGCACCCAACUCGUGCCGAUAUUCACCAAUAUAAGUUCAAUAACCCUAUAAUGUAUCACAUCAAAUUUUACAGCGAACGAGUCCGGUGUAUUGAAAAAAGUUUUGUCUCAUUUGGGAUGAAUCUAUGUGAAAGUUCGUACAUUUACCGAGGAAUUAACAGAUUCAUUUCACAAUAUAUCAAAUAGCUAAAAGGCGAACACAAAAUGUAUAGGCCUAUAUGCUUGAAUGGAGUUAAAAUUCAUCUCACAAUUAACCUAAAUCUUAACGUAUACAAGUAUUUAGUUUAGAAAUGAACUGCCAGUUCUAAGCCCUCCCUAUUUAGUAUUGGAGUACUGCGGUCACCAAGUCUCUGUUAGUUAAAAAAUAAUCAAUUAAACACAAUAUGGUUAACUUGUUGACUUAAUACGAUCAUGGAUUAUUGUAAUUUUAUACAUAUCACAAUUCCUGUUGUAAGUACACACAUACACGGUAUUAUGUGUAAAUACAUGUACAUGUGCUUUAAUGACGUUUUGCCACGAGGGGGGUGGUGGUGGUUAUGAACCACGUGUGUUCUUUUCAUUCUCUACCCAUAGGUGUCACUGCUCGCUAACAUCUCUGUCUGCAGAAAUUUCAAAAUUCUUGUAAAACUCGUUUACUAGCGUUUAGCUAAAUUCGGUUAAUCAAUUUAUAAUGCAAAAUUUUAAGAUAAAGUUGUUUUAUCGCUUGUAAACAAUUCCAAAAUUGUUGAUUUUAACCAAAAUGAAUACUUUUUCCCGAUUUGUGGUGUUAUCUAUAUUAAUCAUUCUAAUUCAUAAAUUCUGUUCCGUUUUGCUUUCCAUUUUCUAUCCCCGUUUUAGCAACUUAGCGAUUUAGAAGUGAGAAUCACGAGUUCUUCGGAUAUGGCCUUCAAAACGGAGGCUCAGUGUCGCGACAAGAGUUGGCACGAUAAAGAACCCUCACUGCUAUGGUCCUAAGCGACAAACAUAGGUCUGCACGGUACCUGUACUUCUCCUACAGCUGGUGACAUCUCAAGUUCAAGAUCUUAAUUACUUUAAGCUUUACAGCUUAUCGGUACAGCGUUACAAACAAUAUGAACAUAAACAUGACGUGGUAUAUCUACUGGAGAACGUAUAUAUACCAGUUCUCCUCCCUGUCUGAUGACGAGGUGUACGUGUUAUUGUGUUUUCUGUGUUCUGACUCCGGUACCCCCGACUUUACUGAUGCAGACUGUCUGGACAUUCUUAAUGGGAUACGAAAGAAGAUGUAUGGUGAGAACCGUGUAACAAGUGAGGAGGCACAGCGGACCCUGGACGGACUGAAGUCAUGUGGAUUUCUUUGGGAUCAGGACGGAGUAGACAUCACUGAGGACGCCAAGGACGAGACCAUGUACCGUGUUAUGGAAUGUUGUAUAAAAUAUAAUGGUAUACUGGUCCCCUUGUAUCGUUUAUACAGUUAUACUACAGCAGUGAGGUAUCUGAGAUUACAGAGAUACACCAGGGAGUCUGGAGAGAAAUGUCUCAUUAGUAACAACCCGUACUGUGAUUCCAUACUCAUACGCCGUCUACAGAUGAACAUACUGACCCACGUCAUCAUGGAGGACACGAGAAUCUGUGAUGAAGUGUCACAGACAUUACAUGUUCCAACAACCAUAUUACAAGACAUGACGUUUGAUCAACGACAGGAGUUUAUAAGGGACCUGGAACAUAGUGGGGAGUGUGUGCACUGCAGAGGCGGAUCACAGGGGAGUGUACAACACGUCAAGUGGUUCUGGAGAUACAGGAGACCUGACAUCGUGAGAUCAUGUAUAGGUCUCCACCCACACUGGGAUAUUUACAUAAUCAACAACACAGCUUACAGAAAGCAGAGUAAAUAUCACGAGUAUCCAGAAAAUGUCAGAAGUCGUCUGUACUGCCUUCUGUUAGCUGAGCAACAUACCGUAAAUACCAAGGGCCACAAACACAAACAACAAGAUGUUCUAAGGAAAAUCAGAGAGAGGUAUUUUACAGAGCUUGCCUUGUCUGAUGACGUCCAUAUGGGGAAUCUUCCAGAUGAUAUCAUUCAGACACAGGACGAGGUCAUCACAUUUAAAUCAGACGACAUCCAACAUGACGUCAUGUACGCGUUCGUUACGGAGUGUCUGGUUGAGGACAGUGAUCUCAUGUUUUUCCUGACCACGGCGUCACGUGACGUGAUAUCAGAAUACUGCAGGUCGUGGAAUUAUAAGAAGAGUGAUGGAGAGAGAUGUCUGUAUAUACCGAAGAGACCGGAUGAGAUGUACGACCUGUUCAUAGACAGACUACAGCUGGACAUCCUCACACACUGUACCGUGUCAGACAGGGAUAUUCAUGACAGUAUCAGUAAACGUUUGGGUGUCCCUAUGGAAAUAUUGGACUGGGACCAAGAGGCCAGAGAGCGGUAUAUGGAGUACGCCAAGAGAGGAACACAGACGGUCCACCACGCCAGGGGGAUGAUCGUAGGAUGUGCCGGGGCAGGCAAGACCACGCUACUGAAACGUCUGCUCAGGUGUAGUGACGCAGAGAUACGGGGUGUGCUGUCAACGGAAGGACUGGAGGUCCACGAGGAGAUAUUCCAAAUAUAUGAAGAAACAAAAACAUUAAAAGUUAGGUCAAAAGAUAUCGGUGGCAAAAAGAACAGCAAUGGGACUGAUGAAAAGACGGUAACUUUCUUUGACUUUGGAGGACAGUGUGCGUACUACGCAUGUCAUCAGAUUUACCUGACCAGAAGAGCUUUCUACAUGGUGGUAGUGGACGCCUCUAAACGUCUGGACCAGGUGGUGGAUAAGAAAGUGUGUGACCAGGCGGACACCGUUUUUGCUGGAUGGACAUACGGAGAAUAUUUCAUAUUCUGGCUGAAAUCUGUCCAUACUUAUUGUUCCACAAGAGACGGACAGAGGGUGGAGAUGAUCAUUGUGGCCUCUCACUGGGAAAAUACAGUAUACAAGGACAAGGUCGAUUUCCUGAAUUGCCUACUAGAAGUAAUACCAGCUCAAUCUGAUCUUGCACAGUAUAUCAGAACAGACCGGUGUUUUCUGAUACAGUUUCCACCAAAUCAGCCAAUCGCUGAACUGGAGAGAUGCAUUAUCGACUUAACAACUCACUCAAAAUGGAGCGAGAAAAUACCACACGAGUGGGUCUUUUUGAACAGCGAGAUCAAUUAGAAGAAACUGGAACGAAUUGUACCUAUCUCGGACAUUCAUCGUAUACUCCCUGUCAAAAAAAAAGAUAAGGCCCAGAGUGCAGCUGAUAUGUUGCGAUAUUAUCAUGAUGCUGGGCGGGUUCUUUACUUUAAUGAAGAAGGACUUGAAGAUUCAGUCAUUACUGAUGUCCAGUGGUUUGUGAAUGCCUUUAAAACAAUCAUCACGGAUAGUCUGCACGUAAGUGGAUACACUGCUAGUCGCCAGGAUUGGAUUGAGUACUACAACACAGGGAACUUGAAAGAUUCACUUCUGGUUGAUAUAUGGGAGCUGGAAGAGAAGAAUAUCAACACUCAAAAUAAGAAAGCUGACAGCGAACAUGGUAGGGGUCUUCUGCAUCAUAAAGGUUCCAUGUUGAAAUAUAUGGAGCGACUGGGAUUGCUGGCUGUUGGGCCUGACCUUCAUUAUAUCCCUUGCAUGAACAAAAAGAAAUUUGAAGAAACCCAGAAAAAAUUCAUCCAAAAAUCAACAUCAAAAACAUCAGUGUUGGUGUACGCCUUUGACUUUUUGCCCUACUUCCUGUUUUAUCGAGUUGUUGUGGCUUGUAUGAAGAUCAGCAAAUGGGAAGUCCUCAAGGAUAAUGACAUCAAAUGCUUGUACAAAAACGCUGCUAUGUUUAAAUAUGAAGAUCACUAUGUCGUGAUAUUUGUAACACCUGAUUCAAUCCAGCUUCAAAUAAUACGAAGGGGAGGUGAACUCAUUAGAGACAUUACUGUUGCGAUCAGACAAAGAAUUGACCAGAUAUUGAUAGCUGUUACAAAAACAUUUCACAAGCAUCUGUCUUUCCGAAUAGGACACACGUGCAUGCCAGAACAGGAUCAGAUUAUCG